AUGUUGUUGAGGAUAGCUAAAGAGACAAGGAAUUCUGCAGAGGGGAGCAAAGACCUUUGUGGUGAACUCCAAGGGUCACGAGGGUCAAGAGGAGAAAGUGAUGAGCAGCAGACACCACCUGGGAAGGAAGGGGAGGGCUGGAAGGCAGCACAUAGUGGAAGCGAGCCUAGGACAGGUGAGAAAGUGCAGAUCCCCACUCCCCAAAGAAAGAGUCAUUUGCCCAUGGCCCAUCACCAGGAGUCCAUGCUGGCCCUGCGAUGGACAUCUACCUCCAGCUGGACAUUACAGGUGCUGGCCUCAGAGCUCAGCCUGAUCGCUUUCAUCCUGCUGCUGGUGAUGGUCUUCUCCAAGAAAUGGCUGUACCUCUCCAGGAGCCGCUUCUACCAGCGCUGGCCAGCAAAUGUCAGUGCUAAAAUUCACACCAAGGCCCAGAUCAUGUCCAUGGGACUCCUGCAUAUCUGCAAAUCCAGGAACUGUCACAACCUAGAGCAUGGGAAAGUCACCUUCAUUUUCUUCACCCUCAUGUUGUUCCCUAUUAACCUCUGGAUCUUUGAGUGGAAGAAUAACUUAUCAAUUCCCAUUGGCUGGAGCUAUUUCGUUGGUUGGCUGGUGUUUUUCCUAUAUGUUGCCUGUGCAAUCCUUUGCUACUUCAACCAAAACAAUUUCUGGAGUCUGGUUCUGACGCGACCCUUUGGCACCGUGUCCUGCAGCAGUUUAAGUUCUGCUGAAAACUUUCUGAAUGAGGACAUAGCGACUACUGGCCGCGAGCUGGAAGCCCAGAAUCUUCGGGAAAACUAUAUCCCUGUACCCUUUCCUGAGGGCUCCUAG